AUGGCGACCGAUGGCGGGAGCGAAGACGAACCCGAGCACGACGGAAGCACCGAUGGCGAAGCCAGGAGCGAACUCACCAGCAGCGCCGGCACCGACACUCUCGAACUCCGCGAACGCCUCGAAAGCCUUCCACAAGAGCUCUACAACCACAUCUACGACUUCACCUUCACAGCGACCUCAAGAAUCCGAAUCUUUGGCAUCUCACCAUGGGCGCGCUUCUACCUCACUACAUCAGUUCUUCCAGACACGGCCUCUCGGCGAGUUGUUACAUUCGAUGAAAGACUGCCGAGCAUGCUUCGUGUCGACCGCGCUAGCAGGAAGAAGUUUGCAGACUCCUACUUCGGCGGCGAAGACUCUACUUUCAUAUUCUAUGUCGGGUAUGAAAUGCGCGAUUACGACUUGCGUCACUACUUUGAGGGAAUUCCCGACUUCCGCAAGCUCAUCAAGAAUGUCUUCUGGAGUUCUGAAGCCAAGCAUCACGUCCGGUCAUUCAUGGACUCGAAGGUGGCUGGGCGCUUCCACGAGUACUGGUUGGAGAAGUCUCCAGAAAGCUUCAAGUUUCUGACAUACAACGAGGUCGAGGCACUUGUGAAGAAGCGCGCUGGGAUAGCUGAUGAGGACGAGUCGGACAUAAGUCUCCGCACCACGACGCUCACUGGCUCGAAUCAAGCAGAGCACGAGGACUGA